AUGUCGAAAAAGUCGGGGCGUGCGCACUCGCCGCCGCAGGAAUGGCACCAAGACGAGAUGGACGACGUGGACGACGUAGAGAGCGGCAGUGAAGAUGUCGAUGACAGCGAUGUGGAAGAGGACGAGGACGAGGACGAGGACGAGGACGAAGACGAAGACGAAGACGAGGUCGAAGGGCCGGGGUACGCCCAGUUUGUCGACGAAGACGAGCUCGAAGACGACCAAGAGUCGGACGAGUCCGAGGCGGAACCCGAAUCGGACGCCGAGUCCGAGUCCGAGACACAAUUGCGAAAGGAAAUCGAAGCAGUGCCGUUUGCCAAGCUCCUCAAGGCCCGCCGCGCGAUGCACGAGAAGCGCGACGACCAAAGUGCUGUGGACGACGAUACCCUGCGUGCUCGCCGCGAAGCUGCCAAGCAGCAGCUGCGCAAUAUGGACGUCCACAAGCCUGCGCCCUCGAAGGACACCGAGUCGAAGCGCCGUGCGGUGCUCGAAGCACGCGAGCACAAGAGCGCGCCGACCGUCAUGUCGUCGCGCCGCCCCGUGUCGCGUGCGCGCCAGGUCGUCGAGCCGAUCCAGCACGAGAAGCGGCGCGAUCCCCGCUUCGACUCGCUGUCGGCGGGCCCUGUGAACUUGGACUUGCUCGGCAAGUCGUACAAGUUCCUGCCAGAACUGUACGAAACCGAGCUCAAGUCACUCCGCGACACGCACAGCAAGCUCAAGCGCAUGGAGGCGCACCACGCUGGGCCACACGCCAAGAGCGAGCAGGCGCUGCGCAUUCGCGAGGAGCGCCAGAACGUCGAGCUUGCGCUGCGCCGCGCCGAGAGCCAGCGCAACGAGCGCCUGCGCCGCGACACGGAGCGCUCGGUCAAGUCGAAUAUCAAGAAGGAGAACCAGCGCCGAGUGGACGCCGGCCUCCGGCCCUACUUCCCCAAGAAAGCCGAACGCGAGGCCCAAGUGCUGCGCCACAAGUACGAGCACCUCUCGGGUGGCAAGGAGGGCAACACGUCGGCCGCCGUCAAAAAGGCCAUGGAGCGCAAGGUGCGCAAAGACGCCCAGAAGGACCGCAAGUCGCUCGAUGCUGCGCUGGGCGGUGGGUCGCGUACCGACCUUGGCCCGCCCAGCCGCGGCGGAUCGGCGCGCCUGGCGCCGGGCGGACACACGCCGAGCGGCCCGCCGCGCAAGCGGGGCCGCCGCGGCUAA